GCCAUUACGUCACAUCCGUGCAGCCGGGUAGCUUCUGGCAAGUACCAGAGCUUGUACUAGGAAGUCAUUUGCAUGUUAUUUGAUGAUAAGGAACAGCUGCAUACACUGGAUAAGUUGAAAGGAUAGUGUGACUUUCAAGGAACACCAUGGAGGAACAAACUACAGACAUAGAGGUGACCGUGAAAACACUAGACUCCCAAAGCAGAACCUACACUGUUGGUGCUCAGUUGACAGUGAAGGAGUUCAAGGAGCACAUUGCCCCUUCGGUGGGUAUCCCUGUGGACAAACAGAGGCUGAUCUAUCAGGGCAGAGUCUUACAGGAUGAAAGGACUCUGGCAGACUACAAUGUGGAUGGUAAGGUGAUACAUCUUGUGGAGCGGGCGCCCCCUCCGCCCUCCCAGCCUGGCUCUGGGUCAGGAGGCACUUCAGCCGACAGUGGACCCUCCUCAUCCUCCCAGGGACCAUCACAAGUGCCUCCACAUGAUCGUAACGCUAACAGCUACGUUAUGCUUGGCACCUUCAACCUCCCUGUCAACAUCAUGGACCCCCAGCAGAUACAGAUGUCGGUUCAGCAGAUGGUGUCUGGCAUGGGAGAGAAUGCCAGGAAUGCCAGAGUCACAACCAGCACCGGGAGCAAUGGGUCUGUGAAUGUGCACAUCGAUAUGGACCAACCAGUACAGAGCGAGCCUAGGCUGAGGCUGGUGCUGGCUGAGAACCUCCUGAGGGACAUCAAUGAUGUCAUCCACAGGAUGGAGGGUCGGCCGAGCGACUCCGGCCAAACAGAAACAACUUCUGCUGCUGCUCCCCCUCCACCCUCAUCUUCAUCUACCACCUCCACUCCCUCCCCGUCUGCCCAGCCGAUGGACACUUCCCCACCUCCAUCAACUCCCCCACCUCCACCCACCUCCUCAGCACAAUCUGAGGGACCAACACCCCAACCUGGACCCAACCAUCCCAGCCCAGCAGAGUUGGCGGAGAUGCUGUCUGAGCUGCGGAGGGUGGAAGAGAGACUGCAGCCCUUCAUUCAGAGAGCUCACACCAUCCUGGAGACAGCCACUACCGCAGAAUACAACAAUAAUACAGAGAGAGAGGAGGACCAGCGCACUCUCAUCCUGACGUGGGAGUGUCUCCGGCUGCUCGGUAACGCCCUUGUGGCCCUCAGUGACCUGCGGUUGAACCUCAUGAGCCCUGUGCCCCGCCACCUGCAUGUGGUCCGGCCAUUUUCCCACUAUGCCACCCCCGUCACUCUGCCUGGAGCUGUGCACCACCACAUCCCUGUGCAAAUGAACAUGGGCGCCACAGUGACUGUUGCAGCCAAUAGCACAGAAGGACAAGCCCCGCCCACCCAGCCGGCCAGCCAGUCGGAGCAGGCAGGUCAGGGACAGACCUCCCCCUCACAGACUUCCCCCUCCAAUCAGCAGGCUGGACAGGGACAGGCUGGCCCCCGGGUCAUCAGGAUCAGCCACCAGGCAGUACCGGUGGUCAUGAUGCAGAUGAACACGGACGGCCCAGGUGCAAACCCUGCUACAGCUGGACAGCAAAUGCCCGGACAACCAGGUGCCCUCCCCCCUGACUUUAUGCGGAAUCUCAUGCAACAGAUCAGCCAGUAUGCUGCUGCUGUAGCUACUAGCGCCGCCACCGCCACUGCUACUGGCCAACCAGUCCCACCCCAGCCCACUCCUCCAGGCUACAGCUCCACAGCCAACUCCUCAACCACCACCACAGGUCCCAACACACCCACCACCACCCCUACAGCCCCCCCACCACCUCCCCAUACUGGCCCACAGCCCCAGGCCAGGGUAGUGUUCACUCGACCCCCAUUUGCACCCAACAUGCCCCCUCCAGCCUUUGGCACUCGGGGAACCACCAUCAACGUUAGGGCUGCCAUGCCGGGCCAGCAGCCUGGACAGGCAUUCAACCCUGCUGCUCUUAAUCAGAUGAUUAGUGGACUGGUUGGACAGCUUUUGUUGCCAGGACAGAUGGCUGGUCAAACAGUCACAUCCUCCUCCUCCACAUCCACAUCCUCCUCCUCCUCAUUUUCCUCCUCCUCUCAAACCUCCUCAGCCUCCUCCUCCUUUUCUUUCUCCAAUUCGGGCCCAACACCUCCGCCCACAGCAAACACUACUAGUCCACCGAGCCAAUCUGACACCAACACUGGUGAACCUCAGUCUCAGGAGAUGCCCCCAGACCUCGGCCAGCUUCUGGGUUCUCUCCUGGGGGCCGGCGUGGGCUCUGUUGGGGCCCCUUCAAUUACUGUCACCACAUCUGGCGUCCCAGCCUUCAUCCAGGGAGUGACUGAGUUCAUGCAGCAGGCCCAGCCCAUCUUCUCUCCACCCCCACCUCCCUCUGGUACCACUCCUGCUCCUGCUGCUGGGCCCACCCCCAUGCCCAACCCCCCUACUGGAGCCGAAGCCCUCAACCCAGAGCUGUUCACAGGCAUCGUCCGUGGUGUCCUGAGCACCAUGAUGGGCUCUCUGGGUCAGGCCCAGAACGACACUGAGAGCAUUGCCCAGUUCAUGCAGAGACUGUCCCAGGCGACCAACAUCUUCAUCAGUCCUGAGGAUCCCACUGGGUUUUUUGGAGAGCUGCUGAUGUUGGUGUGCCAGACGUUCACCAUGUCAGACCUGGUGAUGCUGCUUCAUGGCCAGCACCAGCCCCUUGGCCGCAUCCAGCCUCAGCUGUCCCAGUUCUUCAACCAGAACUACCUCAACGGCAGAGAGCCCACUGAUGAGAACAUUGCUGCUGCAGCUGACGGUCUUGUCAACGAACUGGAGGAGUACAUCAGUGAGAGCUUUAGAGAGUCUUCAGUCACAGUGUUGGAGGGCGUUGACGUAACUCAGACCAACAUGUCCUUCUUCAGACAGCAGCUGACGCACAUUGCUACACACAUUCUGCGCUGCACUGAUGAGUCAUUUGGGCCCCGGCUGCUACAGAUGUGCAACCAGGCACUGUUUGAGUGUCUCGCCCUCAACCUGCACUGCCUGAGAGGAGAUCAGAGAGCUCUGACUGCAGUCAUCAACCACCGAAUACGGAGGAUGUCAAGUGACAUCAGCCCCAGCCUGGAAAACUGGAUGACCAGCAUGAUGACGAUGAGGCUGCAGGUGAUUCUGGAGCACAUCCCCAUCACACAGGAUCAGAUCCAGAACUACAUAGUUUACACACAGAGAGAUCAGUCUUCUGCAGCUGGCACACAAGAGCCCGAACGAGCACAAAGUGCAACGAUCGGGGACACCCUCUCGCCAGCUGCAGCCACCACAGCAGAGGAGGCCAUGUCGGUGUCCCACGACACGAGGGCGUCGCCACGCGAAACAAGGGUGUUGCCUGGAGACCUGGGAGCCUCGGGAGGUGCUGCACCGUUAGGUGGCGACAUGGCAGCAGCAGGAGCCGAGGGAGGGAGCGAGGAGUCUGCGCGAGAGUCAGAGGCCUGGGCAGCUGCUGUUCCCCCUGAGUGGGUGCCCAUCAUCAGGUGUGACAUGAUAACCCAGAGGAAGAUGAAGGCUCAGCCUCCGUUGUCUGACGCGUACCUGCAUGGCAUGCCGGCUAAACGCAGGAAGACAGGGCUGAGUGGUGGAAGCCUCCUCUCCCUCUCUGAUGCUGUGAGUCAAGCAGCCAGGACAGCAGGAGUGAAGCCCAUCACUUCUCCUGAGAGGUUACAAGACGACCUGGAGGCCCAGGAGGUGAAGGAGGCGUAUGCAGAACAGGUUAAAGCAGACAUCAAGAAACGAGUGAGAGAAGACCCGGAUUUCAACCCUCAGCAGUUCCCCAAUGGACACAGAGCCUUC